CUGCCGAAGCUGAAAACUGGGUCAUCCUAUGAUUUGGCUAUCCCUGAAUGGAGGCGCUAAGAGGGGGAAAAAUCUUCAAACAGCUGUUACAGCAAUGGCAGAAACACCUAAUGAGUUUAAGUUAAAAAAUGCCCCUGAUGAUGGGAUUUCUGCUGUUAAGUUUGGCACAACCAAUCAGUUUCUCUUGGCAUCUUCCUGGGAUUGUACAGUGAGACUCUACGAUGUCAUCGCCAACAACAUGAGAAUCAAGUACAACCACGCCGAGCCUGUCUUAGACUGCUGCUUCUAUGAUGCAGUACACUCCUACAGUGGAGGAUUAGACUGUACUCUUAAAAUGUUUGAUUUCAACACAAGCACAGAACAGAAUGUAGGUCAGCACGAUGAUCCUAUCCGCUGUGUGGAAUACUGCCCAGAGGUUAACGUCAUCAUCACAGGGAGCUGGGACUCUACGGUCAAGCUCUGGGACCCCCGGGCUCCGUGUGCUGCAGGUUCCUUCAGUCAACCUGACAAGGUAUACACAAUGUCUGUUUGUGGGGAUAGACUUGUGGUUGGUACUGCCGGAAGAAGGAUUCUGGUUUGGGAUCUAAGAAACAUGGGAUAUGUCCAGCAGCGACGGGAGUCCAGUCUCAAAUAUCAAACUCGCUGUAUUCGAUGCUUUCCAAACAAACAGGGAUAUGUACUCAGUUCUAUUGAGGGGCGAGUUGCUGUGGAGUAUUUAGAUCCCAGUCCAGAAGUCCAGAAGAGGAAAUAUGCAUUUAAAUGUCACAGAAUUAAAGAGAACGGUGUGGAGAAGAUUUAUCCUGUUAAUGCCAUCGCCUUCCACUCUCACCACAACACAUUUGCUUCUGGUGGAUCUGAUGGAUUUGUCAAUAUCUGGGACGGUUUUAACAAAAAGAGAUUGUGCCAGUUUCAUAGGUACCCAACAGGGAUAGCGUCAUUAGCCUUCAGUCCUGAUGGUUCUGUUUUGGCCAUCGCGUCAUCGUACAUGUAUGAGAAUGACGAGCCCGUGGAACCAACAGAGGACGUGAUCUAUAUCAGAAAUGUUAGUGACCAGGAAACCAAACCAAAGUCGUGAGGUCAGGGUCAUGAAACCAAGGUCACAGCUGUAAAAAUGUGUUCAGAUGGAGUGAUUACAGGAGUACAUGUAUUACGUUAACACUUUGUAAUGACACAGUGAGUUCAUUGUUGUUACCAGGCCAACUUACCAUCAUUUCUUGUGUAAUUAGUCAAUUUAUAAUGACAUACAGUGACUCUGUUGUUGUUACCAGUACAACUGAUCGUCAUUUCUUGUGUAAUUUGUCAGUUUCUGUGUUUUAACAAUCUUUUGAGAGAGGAACUUCGUGUUUUAUACAUUUUGUGUCACUUUCUUAUUAAAGAGGAUAUUUGUAACUUUA